AUGACCGCAGCAGGUACGGUGUUGGGUGGAAAGUCAGAGGGUAGAAAAGCAUCACCCAGUGCCGGAGUGAUUCAGAGAAGCGUGGACGGACUGGUGAGGAGUUUUGAGGAGAUCCCUCACACGGGGCGAAGCGGCUGGAUCAACCUGGUGAAGUUCUGGAGGGAGAAUCGUUUCCAGCAGCUCCACAAGCACAUGGAGAAGACCUUCAAUGCACUCGGCCCCAUUUACAGGGAGCACGUAGGCACCCACAGCAGUGUGAACAUCAUGUUGCCGUCUGACAUCAGUGAACUAUUUCGUUUCGAGGGCCUGCACCCCCGGCGCAUGACCCUGCAGCCCUGGGCCACACACCGAGAAACACGAAAUCACAGCAAGGGAGUCUUUCUCAAGAACGGCGAGGAAUGGCGAUCUGACCGUCUACAGCUCAACAAAGAGGUGAUGAUGACUGCAUCCGUGAAGCGCUUUCUCCCCCUGCUUGAUGAGGUGGCGAGUGAUUUCUGUCGAAUGCUGCAGGCGAGAGUGGAGAGGGACGGAAGGGGCGAGAAGGGGACACGCAGCCUGACCAUGGAUCCCAGUCCUGACCUUUUCCGCUUUGCAUUGGAAGCCAGUUGUCAUGUGAUCUAUGGGGAGCGUAUUGGCCUCUUCUCCUCAUCUCCCUCAAUGGAGUCUCAGAAGUUUAUAUGGGCUGUGGAGCGAAUGCUGGCAACCACCCCUCCUCUCCUCUACCUGCCCCCUCGUCUGUUGCACCGCAUCGGCGCUCCCCUGUGGACACAGCAUGCCAAUGCAUGGGACCACAUCUUCAGCCAUGCGGAUGCAAGGAUCAAGAGGGGGUACCAGAAGCUGUCAUCCACCCAGAGGAAAGGGUCUGAGGCUGGGGCUGUUGAAGGACAUUACACGGGGGUCCUGGGACAACUCCUGGAGAAAGGGCAGCUGUCUUCGGACCUCAUCAAAGCCAACAUCACUGAAUUGAUGGCCGGAGGGGUUGACACGACAGCUGUGCCCCUGCAGUUUGCUCUGUUUGAGCUCGGCCGUAACCCAGAGGUGCAGGAGAUGGUGAGGCAGGAGGUGAGGGCGUCAUGGUCCCAGGCUGGGGGUGAUCCUCAGAAAGCUCUGCAGGGGGCGCCUUUACUGAAGGGCACAAUCAAAGAGAUUCUCAGGUUGUAUCCUGUGGGAACCACAGUGCAGCGUUAUCCUAUCAAAGAUAUCGUACUUCAAAACUACCACAUACCUGCCGGGACGAUGGUCCAGGCCUGUCUUUACCCCAUGGGAAGGAGUUCAGAGGUCUUUGAGGAUCCACUGCGCUUCAACCCCGGCCGAUGGGGCAGCAGCAGAAGGGAGGGCCAGAGCGUGGAGGGGGCAGGGUUUCGCUCUCUAGCGUUUGGGUUUGGCGCGAGGCAGUGUGUUGGACGGAGGAUUGCCGAGAAUGAGAUGCAGCUCUUGCUAAUGCAUAUCCUGCUGAGCUUCCAUCUCAGCGUGUCGUCCUCCGAGGACAUCAAAACCACAUGCACCCUCAUCCUCCAGCCUGAGACUCCACCAAUGAUCACUUUCAGAAAGCUCUGA